AUGUCUUUUGAAAUUCAUCCAAGACACACUACUACUUCUACUACUCACACUAAAGAUAUAGAGUUAAAUAUGUCGACUACAGAUAGCGAUACACCAAUCAACAUAAAGGUUGUAGUGUUUGGUGAAGAUGUACCAUUGUCAAUGACAAUGAUGCCAAAAGACGAUGUGAUGGCACUUAAAAAGAAGUUACAGGAAGAGUAUGUCACGCAUCCUGAACCAUCGACACAGAAGCUCAUCUUUUCGGGCAGAUGUCUUGAAAACAACCAACAACUCAAAGAAGUCUUUAAACAAAGAGACGCUGAACUUCCACAGAUCAUACAUUUGGUCAUUCGAAAACCAUUCUCCAUGUCUGUCUCCAAUUCCGUUUGCAAUACACCAUUAUUCAAACCAACAGAGUAUCCUGAAACUCUUGUAAAUAAUUUUAAUCGUCAAAAUAAUCAAAAUAACAAUAAUAAUAAUAAUAGUAAUGAAACUACCAAUGGAAUAUCACCAAUGACAUUAUCAAGAGCUUCAACACCUCCUCCUGCUCCUUCUUCUUCUUCAUCAUCUUCUUCUUCUAUGCUUCCUCCACCAGCUCCAUCAGUCACAUCAACCUCAUUUACUUCAUCAAGAUUACCAAAUGUCAUUGUACCUAUCCCUACGACAAAUACUCUUCCUGCUACAUUUAACUUUUUAUCUCCUCCUCAACAAAACCAGAAUAUAUUCUCUCCAAUCAAUAAUAAUAAUAAUAAUACUAAUAAUAAUAAUAAUAAUAAUAAUAAUAACAAUAAUAUUGGAUUAAAUAAUAAUAAUAAUAACAAACAACAACAACAACCAUAUCCAUUCUCUUUCUAUGGACCAUCUCCUCAAUCUUGGUAUUCACCAUAUAUUAAUUCAAUGAAUAAUAAUAAUAUACAACAAGAUCAACAUUUUAACACUGCAUUAUUACAAAUGAUGUUUCAAAUGCAAACUCAAAUUCAAACAAUGCAAUUACAAAUAUCAAAUAAUCAAAAUAAUAUUAAUGGCGAUCCAGCAAUCAUUCAAGAUAAUUUUGCACCUGGAUUGGGUGCGAAUGUUAUACAUCAAAGACCAGUAGCAGCAGCACAACAACAACCUGCAAAUGGUGCAGCACCAGCUGUCGCACAACCAAUAAGAAGAAGAAGAAGAAUCGAUGCAGCAACCAUUAUUGCAUUUGUAUUUAAUAAUGCCUUAAAACUUAUACUGUUUUAUCUUCUUGUUCGAGUUGGAUCACUUGAACGUAUUGCGACCAUUUUAGGAAUAAUCGUUCUCUAUUUUAUAAUUAGUAGACUAUCAUCUGCUAGACCUCAAAUUAGACCCCAAACUCCUCCUCCUCCUAUUCCUCAAAAUGGUGAAAAUCAACAAAAUCAACAAAAUAAUAAUAAUCCUGCUGCCGCAGUUACUGGGCAACAACAACAACAACAACAAGGUGGACUAUGGUUUGAGGUCUCCCAAUUCUUUACAAUUUUAAUAAUGUCAAUGGUACCUCAUUAUGUACCUCCACCUCAACCAGCAGCAGCUGUAGUAGCACCAGUAGCAGAAGUUGUUGAACAACCUGUAGAACCUGUUGUUGCAGAAGAUAAUAAUAUUAACGACGACGACGAAGUUGAUAAUCUUGGCAAUAACGAUACAACAACCCCAAAUACUGAUAUUAACGUUCAUCAUAAUAAUAAUAAUGACAAUGACGAAAAUGAUGUCAAUCACAACAACAGACUCCCUUUGGUUGUAGAACCCAUUGCUGCAAAUGAGUUUUUAAAAAAAAGGUUAGUAUUUAUCUUUUAA